AGACAUUAACAUUGGUCAAGCCGAUUACCGAAGUCGCAGUUCUCAGUUCCACAUUAACUCGGUCGUUUCGUUACAAAACUAGAAUUUCUGUCGAUGUUGCUUGAAAAUUCGAGGUCUUGCGAAUUCCUACAACUUCAGUAUCCAAAUAAAAUAAAUAAUGAUUUGUUGCAAGAAGCAGAUUCUUCUGACAUCAGUAUUAUUGAUCAUUGGGCUCCACAUUAGCUCAACAGUUAGCAGUAAGCAACAAAAACCGAAUAUAAUUUUUAUUUUGGCUGAUGAUUUGGGAUUCAAUGAUGUUGGAUUCCAUGGAUCAUCACAAAUACCAACGCCCAACAUAGAUGCAUUAGCAUACUCUGGCAUAAUUCUCAACCGAUAUUAUGUGAAUCCCAUUUGUACACCUUCAAGAUCUGCUUUAAUGACAGGAAAAUAUCCAAUUCAUACAGGAAUGCAACAUGCAGUACUUUACGGUGCUGAACCACGUGGACUUUCACUAAGCGAGAAAUUAAUGCCUGAAUAUUUUAACGAAUUGGGAUACUCUUCCCAUAUUGCAGGCAAAUGGCAUCUAGGCCAUUACAAGCGAGUUUAUACGCCUUUGUAUAGAGGUUUUCAAAGUCAUGUGGGCUGUUUCACCGGUCAUCAUGAUUAUUUUGAUCAUACAGCUGUGGAAAAUCCCUCAUGGGGGCUUGAUAUGAGAAAUGGUUUAGAUGUUGCCUAUGACAUGCAUGGAAAGUAUAGUACUGACAUCAUAACUGACGAAGCCGUUCAAGUAAUCAGGAAACGAAAUACUUCGAUGCCAUUGUUUAUGUUUGUGGCACAUGUGGCUGUACAUUCGGGCAAUCCUUAUAAUCCUUUACCAGCACCAGAUGAAGCUGUUGCAAGAAUGGCAAAUAUUUCGGAUUAUAAUAGGAGGAAAUAUGCAGCAAUGUUGUCCAAGUUAGACGAUUCUGUUGGAACAAUUGUUCACGAGUUAUAUAAACAAAAUAUGCUAUCAAACUCAAUAAUAAUCUUCAGUACCGAUAAUGGUGGUCCUGCUGAGGGAUUCAAUUUAAAUCACGCCUCAAAUUGGCCAUUACGUGGUGUUAAGAAUACUCUAUGGGAAGGAGGAGUUCGUGGUGCUGGUUUGAUUUGGUCUCCAAGGCUGGAAAAAAUACAACGAGUUUCUGAGCAAACAAUGCAAAUUGCCGAUUGGCUACCAACUUUGAUGACUGCAAUUGGAGCUCCUUUAAACCAAAAUGACACGAAAAUCGAUGGCAUAAGUAUUUGGAAUGAAUUAUCCUCCGACGAAGAAUCAAAACGAAAAACAAUACUUCAUAAUAUUGAUGAUAUUUGGGGUAGUGCAUCGGUGACAAUUGGUGAAUGGAAAUUACACAAGGGUACAAAUUAUCAAGGCAUGUGGGAUGGUUGGUAUGGUCCAGCUGGAGAUAGAUAUGAAAAUACAUACAAUUUUACUGCUGUCUUCAAUUGUCCAGCUGGUAAAGCUUUAUCUUCGAUAAGAAUGAUGCCAACAGAAGCUAAAAUAGCUCGUCUAAGACGAGAUUCAUCGGUAAAUUGUAAUGGAAAUGAAAUUGAUAAAUCAUCGGUGAUGAAAGGAACUAGUUGUGAACCGCUGGUGGCACCAUGUUUGUUUAAUAUUAAACAUGAUCCUUGUGAACAAAUUAAUUUGGCUCAAAGAUAUCCUAAUAUACUCAAGGCACUCCUUGCUGAACUAGAUGCUCAAAAUGCAACAGCUCUUCCACCCACCAAUAAGCCCAUGGAUAGUCGUGCUGAUCCUCGUUUCUGGGAUAACACAUGGACUAAUUUUGGAGAUUUUAGUAUUGAAAAGUAA